AUGGAGUCUUUAAAAAGUAAAGGACUCUUUAGAGAGAGGAGGAUCCCGGACAUAGAAAAAGAACCCAUGAGGAGGGAUGGACUUCCUAGGGAUAGGAGGAUCCCUUUGAGAGGAAUGAGAUCCUUAAGGAGGGAUGGAUUCCUUAAAAGAAUGAGGAUUCCUUGGAGAAAAGUGGCAACCCUUAAGAGAGAUAGAGUCCCUAGAAAGAGAUAA